AUGAGUAUCUACCGAAAUGUGAAAUGCGUCGUCGUCGGUGAUGGAGCGGUCGGAAAAACAUGCUUACUUAUGUCAUAUACCACCAAUGCUUUUCCGGGUGAAUAUAUCCCAACAGUAUUUGACAACUAUUCUGCAAAUAUGAUGGUUGAUAAUGAACCAGUUAAUCUCGGCUUAUGGGACACAGCUGGCCAAGAAGAUUAUGAUCGUCUUCGUCCGUUAUCUUAUCCUCAAACCGAUGUGUUUCUCGUGUGUUACAGUGUUGUGAAUCCUGCUUCCUUUGAUAACGUUCGCGCCAAAUGGUCACCCGAAAUCAAACACAAUAAUCCGGACACACCAGUUGUUCUUGUCGGAACAAAAUUAGAUUUACGCGACGAUAAACACACCGUCGAAAAACUUCUAGCAAGGAAAUCAACACCAAUCACAACACAAAAAGGUUCAGUAAUGGCACAGGAAAUUGGUGCUGUCGCCUAUAUUGAAUGUUCAGCAUUGACACAAAAGAAUCUAGCACGUGUCUUCGAUAUUGCCAUUCGGGCAGGACUUGGAAAAUAUCCCCAAAUGAAACAACGCAAGAAGCAACAAUGCCUUCUAUCCUAA